AUGGCAGUAUCUCCUAUGAAUACAAAAUCCAAUUUCCAUGGCCGCUCAAUCAGCUUGCCAUCCAGACCACACCCCCUCAUUCUUAAAUGCAGUCAACAUUUGGAAAUCUUACGAAGGUCUUCCAAUGAAACCUCUUCCUCAUCGUCACUUUUCCAUAAGAUUGAUGGCUUGCGAGACUUGAUCGAGAGUGUUGAAAAUUUGAUUCAGCUUCCACUAACACAAGAUGCACUUAUCCAUGAGCAUCAAGAACAUUGGGUUAAUAACCUCUUGGAUGGAUCCUUAAGGAUAUUAGAUGUGUGUAGUUCAGCCAAAGAUGCUGUAAUUCAUACAAAAGAAUGCACAAGGGAACUUCAAUCCAUCAUAAGAAGAAGAGGAGGAGGAACGGAGGUCAGUGCAGAGGCUAAGAAAUUCUUGACAUCUAGAAAGAUUGUGAAAAAGGCCAUCUCCAAAGCCUUGACAAAUUUGAAAGGAAAUACCAAAAAUUGCAACAUGUUAUCUACAAACAAAGACCAUCAAACAUUGUCUUUGAUUAAAUUAUUACAAGAUGUUGAAGUAGCUACACUUUCUACAUUUCAAACAAUUCUGCAAUUUAUCUCAGGGACUACACAAUCAAAGUCAAACAACUGGGGUUCCAUUUCCAAGCUAGUUCAUCCCAAAAGAGUUGCUUGCUCACAAUUGACAGAUGAAAGUGAAUUUGCUCAAGUGGAUGUAGCAUUGCAGUCUUUCAUAUUUACCAAGACUAGAAAAGUUGAAGGCAUCAAUGAUCUGCAAAACCACUUGGAGAAAACCGAGUCAUGCAUUCAAGACCUUGAAGAAGGACUUGAGUUUCUGUUUAGGCGUCUUAUCAAAAUCAGAGUCUCACUUCUUAAUAUCCUUAACAGUUAGUAGAACUUUUAUGGGAAUCAAAAUUUUGUACUGAUAUAGAUACACUUGUACAUGGAAAUUAUAUAUGUAAAUAUAUAACAAUAAU